GCGUGUUUUAGUCUCCUGCAUUUGUUUACAUCGCACGUGAAUCCAAACAAUCCCGCGUUCACAAGUUCUUUACUGCCUUUCUCUGUACAGAAUUUUCAAGAUGCUGAGGAAUGCGAUAUCCAUUGCCUGUAGGGGUGGGCUUCCUGGCAUGAGAGCUCGGCCACUACACACAGCCACUGCCAACUUCUUUGAAAAUGACAUGCAGACGCAGAAAGUUGAAAGACUGGAAAAAACAAUAAACCAAGUGAUGCUUCUUGGAAGAGUUGGGGCAGACCCAGAGAAACGGGGCACAGAACAACACCCAGUUGUCACUUUUUCCAUGGCCACACACACCAACUACCGCAAAGGAGAAGACCUCAUUCAGCAGACUGACUGGCACCGCAUUGCAGUGUUUAAGCCAUACCUUCGUGAGACAGUCUACCGCUACCUGACCAAAGGCCAGAGAGUGAUGGUUCAAGGACGGCUUGGCUACCUGGAGCGAAGAGACCCUGAAAACAACUCUAUUGUCAUGAAGUCAGCGACAAUUGUUGCUGAUGAUGUAGUUUUCUUUAAUAAGGGGGAGGGUAGUGGUUAUUAGUAUUUGUAACAAUUAGGAAGAAAAUAUGAGAUGUAAUAACUAGUGAUGUGAAAUAAUUUCUUAAUCAGUUGCUUUGUUUCUGAAAGAGAAUCUACAGCACUGAUGUGACUCCUUUGGCAGCUUUUCAUAUAAUCCAUCUUACCUGUCUUUGUCAAGUUCUUUGUCACGGAAGGAUGUUAAAGAAAUGAAACCAAAGAUGUACUGGUCUAUUUGGAGAAAAAGGUGAUAAUAAAAGCGAAAUCAAAUUUGUUUAUCUACCUUAUCUAUUGGUCUCGUUUUUGUUUCAAGUUUAAGAUUAUAUUUCAUGACAUGAGAAAUGCAAGAAAAGCUGUAUAUUGUAAAUAUCAGCAAGUGUUCAAAUAAUUGCAUCUAUUCAUGUUUUAAACUUGAUACAUCUAUGACUGAUGAUUGUGAGAAUCUAGAUUUCUCUUUUUGUCAUUUUGGGACAGACCAUCAUAAAGUGACUUUCUUACUUUCUUUUAUUACUGAAAAAAAUGUAGUCUCUGUUUAAAUUAUGAAUUGAAUUAACAGGCUAAUAGAGGAUUUAAUUGUAAAACUGAAAUAUGUAUUUUUUUCUUGAGCUAAUGUGAGUCAAACAAGUUAUACAUUUGAAAAAAAGGCACAACUAAGGCAACCUGUAAUAUAACUGCUGUGCCUUCCUUGUUUAAGAACAUGUAUAUAUUAUCAAGGUGUUGAAAUACAGAAUAGAAGCUUGUGUUACUGCUUAUAAGUGAUAUUUAAAGUUGGCAUAGUGUGUUAUCAAUUUGUAGCAUGUAUGCUCAAAUAAUAACCAAGGAAUUUUGGUUGUUAAUGCUAUAUAGAUGUCUUUUGUAUUACAGUUGUUUGAAUAAACUUUAGAUAAUAA